CCGCCAAGACCUGCUCCCUCUUGGUCUGAAGAUAGAGAUCUCCGGACAACGCCCGGUCCAGAACGCCUACAGGAUCCCCGCCAACCCGCUCAGUGGCCGCACCGUGGUCAACCUCUUCCUCAGGCAGUUGGAGGGCGCGCCCAAGGUCAUCACCUUGAGAGGACAGUACAUCUACCCUCUGGAGAAGGCCGUCCCUAACGGAUAUGGCCAGGCUUACCAGGAGAACCAGGCUUCUCAGCGACCCCAUCGACCUGAGCCAGGAGACCCUGAACAUGCGUCAAGUGGUGGUCAAGCUGCAGCGUAUCUCCGGCAAACCCGUUCCCUUGACCAACCAGCGCCAGGCACGUGCCCUCAUCUUGACCCUUGACGCGUCAUCCGAGUCCGUGACCAGGCAGAUGCAGCUGGAGUCUUUCGUCAGCAUGGUCAACUCCGGACAGGUCAGCUACGCCAUGCUCAGACUCUGGAGGUCACCCAUCCCCGAGCUGGACAACCAGGAAUGGCAGAACGGCGCCAUCAGCCAAGUCGCCGAGAUCGAGAAGCUGCAGAGAGAGUCUCGCCAGCUGUCCAGCACUAUCAUCAUGAAAGUGUCCGAGAUCCUCAACACCGUGUCCACGGUCAGCCGGGAGAUGGACAGUGAAGGCCACCCCAUCAUCGUCACUAGGCCAGCUGCUCUGAAGAAGAUCAGGAGCCCCUCCGCUUACACCAUGCAGCAGCCUGAGAAGCAGCAGCAGAGAGACAUCUACCAACAGUACAGCCCCGACUUCGGCUCCUCCCCCUCCGACUACUACAUGCCGUCCGGCUCCCAGAUGCCCAGUAACUCCGAGUCCGAGCCCGCCCCGCAGAUCUCUCAGAUCGACUCUCUCAGGCUGUCUCUCUACAACCUCAGCCUCUUCCAGAUUCAGGUGAUCCAGCAGCUCGACCAUAUCCUCUACAAGGACGAGGACGUUGAUGUGAACACCCUCAUGUCCUUGAUCCAGGAAUCCCGCCAAAACAUCACCUACCUGGACAGCUUCCUCAAGGUCAUGCCCGUCUUCGACGAGGUGGUCGUUGAGAAUGUCUUGCUGGUGACUGUCCAGAACGAGUUCCUGAUCCAUCUAUUCCGCACCUACCUGGAGUUGAAACCCGAGCUGCAACAAUUGAACAAACAGAGAGGAAUGGAGAUCUACGUCGAUCGUGAUCAGCUAUGACCUUGCCCCUCGCGCCUCCCUCCUGUACAAGAGCGUGAAGAUCAGCGAGAUCGUGGAGCCUGAACUGACGGAGCAGGAGCAGCCCCAGUGGCAGAUUGUCCAGUCCAUCAGGAGAAACCUGCUGGUCAUUGACCGGGAGUUCGAGAUGAAGCUGGCCAAGAACGUAACCGCGAUGAAAAACCCCGACCUUGCCAAGGUGCAAGUGGAGAAGCUUAUCAAUGCGAUUGGUGAAUACGUCGACGCGCUGGAUGCUGUUGUGGAGAAUUUGGAGAGGCUGCCCAAGUACCCGACUGUCUACCUGACCUCUGAACUUAUGGAGGUCAUGAGCUACCUCAAGGUCAUUGCCGAGAGUGGACGCCAGGCCCUCCUGCCCAUGAGCUACGAGCAGAAACUGCCGUGGAUCCAGCGCCUGGACUCUGACAUCACCAUGAUCCAGUCUCUGAUCUCAUCCAUGUCCGGAGUGUUCCAGAAGUACGUUAGUCAGGCCCAGGCACCCAUCUCCAACGUGGUGCCCAUCCUCAACACCGUACCCGUUGACCCGCGCGUCCUUGACAUUCAGGAUGUGCUCGUGGAGCAGACCAUGCUGCUCAAAGAGCUGCGCAAGUUCCUCCAGGACAAGUCAGUGAGUAACGAGGUCCUGCAGCACGUCCUGAUGACCGUGGUGGAGAGAUGCCAGGUCCAACAAGCCAACCUUAAGCAGAGCGAGUCCCAGGUCCUAGAGGCUUUGGAGCAGCAGCAGUACUACCAGAGAUACGCCAUCUCCUCCGCCUUUACUAAGGCCAUCAACCAGCAGACAUCUCUCUACGACCUGAUCAAGAUUGUCUUCGAGGACCGCAAGAACAACCUUCAGAGCGUGCCCGAGAUGACCCAGAGAGUUGCCUCCCUGAGCUACGCCCUCUCUGAGAUGCAGGACCGCGUCAACCAGAAGCUCCUCGACCUCCAGAACCAGGAGGCAGAACCCGAGAGCCCCGAGACCGUGUACAACGACGACUUCCAGCCCAUGCCGGACCCGUACGGCCUGGACAACAGCAAGCCCGUCUACGAGGGCCAGAGUCAGAGCAGCCAGUCCAGCCAGUACCAGAAGAAGCUGGUCCCCUUGCUGCCCUUCAGCAGACUGCCCACUGGCAUCACCGGACUGCUCAACAUCACCUGGGGUAACGAGAUCCUCAACAAGAACGUCAAACUCCAGAUUUUGGCUACCCGAUCUGUGGAGCAGAUCUUCUUCCUCUACAAACAGCUGGACGGGCUGAUCAGGAGUCAGGACCUGGUCCGUGCCGUCAACGACAAGCUGGGAGAGGAGGUGUGGGAGGCCGACUCCGUGAAGGAUGAGCUCAACGUCUACAACUACAUCCACCUCAUCCUCCUGUUCCAGCCCGAGCAACUUCCCCGCUACAUCAGAGAGUCUGCCAUCAGCGCCCAAGAGUACCUCAAGUACUCCCUGUGGCAGUACUACAGCAGACAGGACGCUCUUUCCUUCAUCGACCAGAAACAGAUCCAGUCUAUCAUCGAGAUAUCCAACUUCAACCAGAAGUACGACAUGACCCUGAUGACGAGCCAGGAAAGCAACAACUUCGUGAACAUCCCCCUGAGCCCAGUGGUCCAGGCGGUCACCCCCACCCAAAACUCGCGCCCCAUGAUCAGACAGGCUAUCAACUACGCCACCGGGAAUUUCGCCCCUGCCGUGUGUAUGAUCAACAAGGACAAAGUGAGCACCUUCGACACCGUGAGCUACCAGCUGCCCCAGUCCAUCAAACAGUGCAAGAAACUGCUGGCCAUGGACUGCAGCCCUGAGAGAAGCUUCGCUAUGACCAUGAUCAAGUCCAACGCCAGCUACGAGGGACAGGUUUGAGCCCGGUCUGAUCAUCACGAGGAGAGGCCUCCGUGUGGAGAUUGAGCUGCCCCAGAGCGGAAUCUACAUCAAUGUCGAAGGCUCUUUCAUCAAGAUCCAGGGUGCGAACCCGAUGGAGCCACCAAAAUCCGCCCCAGAGGCAAGAGACAAACCUGCUUCUCUGAGGACGCCGUCUACAACUGCCGAGUCAACUGCGAGUCCAGGAGGGUCGAUAAGGUCCAGGUCUCCUACAGAUGUUACAACAACAAACAUCCCAAGGUCAGUGAGCUCAAGAACAAAGUCGACGGUGGUUCCAUCCUUACCCUGGCCGACUUCGGAGACAGCGGAUCUAAGAAAUCCAAGAGAGAGUACUUUGACAUCGAGUGCGAGGCUGUUCAGUUCUUCUGAGGUCCCGGGCCAACUCUCUAGACUCCACAACUCCCCACACACGGACUUCUAACUGGCAUUUUCCUCAAUGUAUUUCUUAUGUACUCUUUGUGCUUACUUUUCAAUUCUUCGUGAAUGGCAUGGUUUGAAGGAUAGAUGGCAUGGGCGUGAAGGAUGGGAGAAGUUUGUUGAUUUCUUGAUGGGCAAGGCUAGGUCAAGGUUCUGCUCGACACACUAGGGGACAACUAUCCAAAGAAAAGCCAAGUUACUCUACAUUGGUAUCGUACAUGGUAACACUAAUUUAUUAUUAUAAGAACCAAUUUCCCAAGGUAUGUGGAGAUUAUUUCUGUAAUAAUGGCAACAAUAACAACCCAAAAAAGCAAAUAUUGUGGAACAACGUUUGGAGUGUUGUAUCGCGUAAAAGUAUUAAAAGAGAAGACCCCCUCCCCCUUUUCCCCCAACCCACUUGAAAGAAGAAAACCUCAGCGAUUAUGUUUUUUUAACAUCGAAAUGAUAAUGACUAAGUUUACGAUCUGCUUCUGUAACGAAUCAAAAAUGUAGAUGAUAAAA